UCAGCUCGCUAAAAUGAAUAACAAUUUUUAGUUACUUUACUAUAACAAGAAUAAUGUUUCAAAAACUGAACUACAUAUCAGCUCUAACAGUUCUGAUUAAAAUUUAGAACACGUAGUGCAUUGCGACUGUAGUGUUAACUGUUCGUUACCGUAGCUGUGGACAUUGUCAUUUAAAUUUCAGCAUCAUAGAUCGUAAACAUAUCGCACUGUCUUCUGCGCGUUCUGGACGAAUUUAGCUGUGGCUUUGUAUGUAAAUGCCGUCGAAAGUCAGUGAGAUCAUUUCAAGGGAAAACAUAUAGCUUUAAUUUUCUUCUUUUUCGAUCAAGUGUAAAUGAUUUCUAAGAAUAACUAAAUUACUUUUUACUCGUUUAUUUAACUGAAUCGUUUAUUAGUUAUAAGUCCAAUAUGUGCACCAAAGUGAAAAAUAUCUAAUACGUCGCUUCUAAACGUGGAAAAUAACAACGAAAACAACUCACUUGAUUGGUUUUUAAGAAUUGUUUUAAAAUAAUAAUAAAUUGUGACUUAUUGAAUUAUAAGUUAAUCUCAAAAAACUUAAGUGAGGUUACGCAAACUUUUUUAUAAGAACCAAAUCAAUCAGUUCAAAAAUAAGAUAUCUUCAAAAUUCUGUUACUUUAUUCAGACUUGUUAAAACUACCAAUGGCUCCUCGACUCAAAAUCUUAUCCAACGUUAUCGAUCGAUUUGCAAAGUUAAAUGCAGCGGUCACUGGAUAUUUAUAUGGAAUUGUGUAUGAAGAAACCUUAACAGUUUUAACUUUUAGCAUAAAUCCAGUUGAUGAUUCUGAUGAUCCAAUCUUGCCAAUUGAUCUUCAACUUUCUCUGCCAGCUGAAGUUGAUUUGCUUGGAAUAUUGUACGUUGAUCAAUAUAGACAAGAUAUUCCAGAUGCAUUCAAGGAAAUAGAUGUUACAGAUAAUCCUUUACUGAUAAAGUAUUCUUUGGAUGCAACGGAAGUGAAUGCAUUCUAUUAUAUUCAUCAAAAACUUGAGCCAAUAAAUUAUGAAGUUAUCAAUGAGAGCAGUUUACUACAAAAUUUUUGUUACAUAAGACUACGAGCUAAUAUUCCUUUUUUAUCAGAAGAAAUGAAUAUUAUGGAUUCACUUCAAGAUACCAGAAAAUAUUUGGCAGCUGGAAAGGUUGGAUUUUAUUUCAAUGAAAGUGAAACGUAUCUGCUUGGAAAUGACAUUAAAAAAGAUACAAGAAAUAUGACAACCAAAGAACUUGUGAAUGCAUCAAAAAGUCAAAAUAAUUCUAAAAACUCCAAGUAUAUACCUUCAUGCUUUGUUGAUACAAUUGAUGCAAAAAUGUUUCUAAAAAUGUCAAGUGAAAACAAUCUAGAUGAUGAACCUGUGCACCAUUUUGCACCCGUAGUUCAACAUAUUAAAAAAUCCAUUAAAUAUUGUGAAAUGUCUUUAAAAAUUGAUACUUUAGCAUUGGUUGGUUACAAUAUCAAUAUGGCUCAAUUGUAUGAAAUUUUGGUGGAAUCUCUUUGUAGGAACUUGCGCCUCAUUAGUUUUUCAUUUGAAAAUCAAUUAAAAACAGAAAAUAUGCAAUUACAAUUACCAGAGCCCAUCCAUGUGAAACCACUUGAUUUUGGUCAUUUACUUACAGCAGUAUACCCUGUUGGCCCGACAGAAGCAGAAAAUCAAAUUUAUAGACGAAAUUUGCACAGAAGAUUUGCUCUAGAUUUGAAAAAACCUUAUUUUAAAAAAGAAAAUGCACUAAGAUUCAAAAAUGAUAAAGAAAAAAUGGUUCAACUUAUUAAUCCUCAUGAAAUAAUAACACACCCAAACCAGAACAUUAGCAUUGUGCAAGGUCAGUAUGCUUACCAUCAUUAUAUGCAAGAUGGCAUUGAUGAUAGUGGUUGGGGUUGUGCCUAUAGGUCUCUUCAAACAAUUGUUUCAUGGUAUAGACUUCAAGGUUACACAAAUAAACCAAUACCAACUCAUAGAGAAAUACAGAAAUGUUUAGUAGAUAUUGGUGACAAACCUUCGAGUUUCAUAGGAAGUAAGCAGUGGAUUGGAUCAACUGAAGUCGGAUAUGUUCUUGAAACUCUUGAAGAUAUUCCUAUAAGAGUCCUGAGUGCUUCAAGUGGAGAAGAAAUGGCAACAUUAGCUCCAGAUUUAGAUCGUCAUUUUCGAACUCAAGGAACACCUGUUAUGAUUGGUGGGGGUGUUUUGGCUCAUACAAUCCUUGGUGUUUCUUAUGACGAAUCAUUCAAAAAUAUUCAAUUUUUAAUUUUGGAUCCACAUUACACUGGUCCUGAACAGGUGAACACAAUUGUUAAUAAAGGAUGGUGUGGGUGGAAAAAAAGUGAUUUUUGGAAAAAAGAUGCAUUUUAUAAUAUGUGUCUGCCUCAGAGGCCAAACAAGUUUUAAUUUGAAUAUUAUUUUGUAAAUAUUUAAAAAAAUAAAUUGAUA